UCUUCAGUGGCAAAGUUUCCGCUUGGGUGACUCCGGCAAGCUGUCCAUGACCCACGCGGAUCAAAGCUAGCCAUGGCCUGGCCUGGCCAGCGCUUCCUAGUGCCCUUUGAUGGAGAGGAAAGCUAUGACUGGUUGGCAGAGCAGCCAAGGAUCCAUCACCCAGACGUUCAGCAGCUCUCACCGGAAGACCGUGCGCGCGAGCACCAGCGCCCGGGGCAGCAUCUGCUCAGGAAGAAGAGUUUCAGCUCCAAGUGCUCCAAAGACGAGCUCGAGAUCUGCGUUCACCUGGAAACGCCCACAGAGGCUUCCCGGCUACAGCAGCAACUGUCACAGAUGCAGUCUGGAAUGGGCGGCAUGCAGGAAUUGUUGUUGGAGCAGUUCAUCGAGAAGGACUACGGUGACGAUUUGCUGCUCCUGACGGCCACCGAGCCAGGUGGUGCUGUGGUGGGCUUGAUCUUCUGGCGCUACCUGCAUUCGUCGCACGACGAGUUCUGGCAUCACGUCAUGGUGGACCCCUCCGCAGACGAGCAGCUGGCGCUCAGUCCCCGGCCACCACCUGACGCCUGGGUCUUGAUCGAGUUGCUGUGCGCGGAUGACCAGUUCCGUGGCCGCGGAGUGGGGAAGCUGCUCCUGGUGGCUGCGCUGGCAUACUCCGCCGUCAAGGACGGCAAGACAGCCGCAGUGCUGACCCUGGGUCGUGGGGAUGCGAACCUGGCUGCCGCUGAGCUGUAUCGGCGCCUAGGCUUUCAACCGAUGCCCGAAGAGCUCUUCGUUGACCCGGAGGACGACGACGGUCACGCUCCGCGGUGGGUGGAUCCUCGUCACGUCCUGGUGCUGUGGGACAUCCGCCAGGGCUUGCGCUCCCUGACCUUGCAGGAGGUCUCAGGUGCAGCCAAGGGCACUGUGGUGCCGCAGUUGGAAGGUGACAAGGAGGAGCUGCAGCGGAUGGACUCCAGUCACUGCGCUGAGGUGGUGGAGCGCCUGACGGAUGGAAAAAGACGACGACGAGAGAGGGUUGAUGGGGCCAUGGGGGCUGUUCAGAAAUGUUCAGAAAUGAGGUUUGGCGUUGAAGUUUGCAUAGAUGAGCGCGUGGGUGCGGACCAUCGGAGACGAGGUGCAGAAGAGAUCAACAGCCCAACAGCCAUCUUUGUCUACAAGAUCUAUCUACUAGAUCUGUUUCCAAGGCCUGGGGCACCUUCGAAGCGCUCGCAUGAACUGCGGCUGGAACGCUCGCAUGACGCAGCCGGGGAGCCCUUUUCGCCACAGGAGGCGGUGGAUGGGCACGGGUGCCGUGGACGCGUGGGAUGCUUGGAAGCCAUCGACAACGCCGGCGACGUGGCACAGAAUCAGAAGUUCCUAUGGGGACGCCAUGAAUGGGGCCAUGAAUGGCUGGGUGGAACGCUGAAUUUGCGGUCCUCGUCCCUGGAACCAGAGCCUUCGUCUGGCAGGAAUCUGAAGAUCCAAAGUCAAGUUCAAGAAGCCUUGCUUGCCAUUCAUGAAGCCGAAGGUGAUGAGACAGAUGCUGCCCCUGAGCAGGUGGACUGCGCCCGCAAAAUUCAGAACUGGUCCAAGGAGAUCCUUGGAAGAUUGGCUGUGGUGCCUGCAGAGAACUUGGAUGAUGAGGAUGAUGAGGAUGAUGAGACCUUAGAGCCAUAUGAGCUUUUCAGGAGGAUUCAGCUGGAGGCCAGGAAGGCCAUCCAGGCUUGCGGCCGUUUGUCGGACAUCGCCCGCCUGGCUUCGGGCAUCCUGCGGCUCGCCCGCAGGGUGGAGCAGUGGCACUUGGAUCGGGACACGGUGCUGAUGCAGCCGGCAGCAGCUGAUCCGUUGGUGGCGGCCAAUGAGGAUGACUCAGUACAAGAUUCAGACUUCUUCACCGAGAUGACACGAAGCCGAAUGGCAGCCCGUCAGGCACCGACCGCAACUCGGUCCUUAGAAUACCACUCCUCGGAAGGGGGGUCUCGGGUGACUCCGGGUGAUCUGCCGAAGAUUGAGGAGGAAGAUGAGGUUUUGGGCUUUCGGGCUGAUGCAUCGUUGCUAGCGGGACCUAGUUAUGAAGAGGCCUUGCAGGCGGCAAAGGCUGAGGAACCCAUGUGUGCCAAUUGCUUGGGUCCACUUCAAUCGGAGCCUGGAGUAGUAGGAGAAUGUGAGAGAUGCGUAAUCUGUGGGAACGAUUUUGUAAAUCUGUGUUACUAUUGCCUGCGGUGCGGCUUGGGUCUUUGUGUUUCCUGCUGUUUGAAGAAACCUGAGAUGGAAAGCAGACUUAGUUGUUGGCAGUUACGUCACGGCCGCAGUUUACACAACUCACCGAAGACGUUCGAACCAGAAACGCUGGUCCGGGUGCGUCUUGAGAAAGGAGCUGACAUCAAUUCCAGAAAUUACUUUCAGGGUGAAACCCUCCUUCAUGAGGCAGUAGCAUAUGGCUGGGACGCAUUAGUGCAGGUGCUUCUUAAGAAAGGAGCUGACAUCAAUGCAAGAGACACCCACGGCCAAACCCCCCUUCACCUGGCAGCAGGACAUGGCCGGGACACAUCAGUGCCGGUGCUUCUUGAGAAAGGAGCUGACAUCAAUGCAAGACACAACUACGGCAGAACCCCCCUUCACCUGGCAGCAGAACAUGGCCGGGACACAUCAGUGCAGGUGCUUCUUGAGGAAGGAGCUGACAUCAAUGCAAGAGACAACCACGGCCAAACCCCCCUUCACCUGGCAGCAGACAAUAGCCAGGACACAUCAGUGCAGGUGCUUCUUGAGAAAGGAGCUGACAUCAAUGCAAGAGACACCCACGGCAUGUUCCACGGCCAAACCCCCCUUCACCUGGCAGCAGCAUGUGGCCGGGACACAUUAGUGCAGGUGCUUCUUGAGAAAGGAGCUGACAUCAAUGCAAGAGACAACCACGGCCAAACCCCCCUUCACCUGGCAGCAGACAAUAGCCAGGACACAUCAGUGCAGGUGCUUCUUGAGAAAGGAGCUGACAUCAAUGCAAGAAAUGUCUGGGAUGACACCCCCCUUCACUGGGCCGCACUUCGCGGGGACACAUCAGUGCAGGUGCUUCUGGAGAAAGGAGCUGACAUCAAUGCAAGAGACAACCACGGCCAAACCCCCCUUCACGUGGCAGCAGAAAAUGGCCGGGACACAUCAGUGCCGGUGCUUCUUGAGAAAGGAGCUGACAUCAAUGCAAGAGACACCCACGGCAUGUUCCACGGCCAAACCCCCCUUCACCUGGCAGCAGCAUGUGGCCGGGACACAUUAGUGCAGGUGCUUCUUGAGAAAGGAGCUGACAUCAAUGCAAGAGACAACCACGGCCAAACCCCCCUUCACCUGGCAGCAAAACAUGGCCGGGACACAUCAGUGCAGGUGCUUCUUGAGAAAGGAGCUGACAUCAAUGCAAGAGAUGAUGAGCACGGUCAAGCAUCAAUGCUGAUUGCAGGUUGUGAUUUUGCGGCAACCUUCGCAUUUUUGUCGCGGGGCCUCGCAAUAUUUCGCAAUGUGUUAGGUGGACGCUCUCGCAUGAUGCUGUCAGGUUGGCUGAUCCAAGCACUUGGGGUGCCACCACUGCAACAAGAUUUGGGCCAAGAAGGUCUCCUUCCACUAAUGUGCACGAUGAGAUCAGGCUUUCUUCCCAAGGAACUCGUGAGAGCAGCAAAAGUGGAGUUGAUACUGGGCCACUUUCAGCAGAUCAAGGACAAAGCCUUCCUUGCCAUCAAAGCUGGUGAUGAUUUCCAGGGCAUGGAAAGCUCCUCCGCCAUUUUAAACCUGUCAUGGGACGUGAUCCGGUAUUUGGCCGCCGAAGCAGCGGACAACCAUCGGUAUGCCUAUGGGCAGGAACCACUGGUGCUUUUCCGGAGGAUCCAAAACCACGCCCGUGAAGCCCUUGAGGCGGGAGCCCCUGGUCUCAGUGACGCGGCGCAACGCGCUUGGUGCAUCCAACACGGCGCCCGAGCGGUGGAGGAGCGGUACUGGCAGCCCUGGCAGCCGUAUCAGGAGGAUGUCAUCCCCGACAUCGAGUCCCUGACUCAGUCCACGCGCAGCGCGGUGACCGUUGAGGCCAGCGAUCUCCACGGAGAGGUGGCGCCGGUUGGUGCGGACGAAGCGGAUGGCCAUGGACCCAGUGAGGCUCUGCAGCGAUUUUCUCACUGA